UCCCCACCUCCCACACACACUCGCCCUUCCCUGUAGGCUACAGAACACCUGUGAAGCUACACCAACUCCAGCAUAGACCCAUUGACGUGUGAGGCUCAGAGCCCACUGGAGUGUGUCCUACUGGAUAGACCUGAAACGGGAGGGAGGUGGUGUAAUUGUCCUGGGUUGGUCGUACACACACACAGGAAGGGUGUUCUUUUCUUCACCAGUCACUGCCACAAGGAUCCAUGGUCUCUCUGAGGAGGGCAACUGGCUGCAGUCAUGGAGAAACAAGGAGGAAGUGGAUGUAAACGUCAAGUUGUGGUCGAGAGCCCUGUACGACCACUGCGGUCUCUGGUGCGGCCGUGUUUCAUCUUCCUCCUCUUCCUGUCCACGGUCAUCUUGAUCAUCCUCUUAGCUUUUCCUGACAGCUCCUUCCAGACAGACUGGUGGGAAAACCUAUCACUGUACACAUACUACCGUGGAUGGACCAAACCCGACCGCCCCCUUGGACCAUCCCCAACCACCAUUCCCCCAACCACAGUACCAGCCCCACCCUCAACCACUAUACGCCCGCUACCAACCAAUCACUACCACUUUGGCUACCCUCGUAACUAUCACUUCAUUGUAGACGAACCGGACAAGUGUAAUACCCAGACCCCGUUCCUGGUGCUGAUAGUCCCCGUGGUGCCCGGUAACCUGGCUGCCCGGGAUGCCAUCCGCAGGACGUGGGGUAAUGAGACCCUGGUGCAGGGGAAGAAGGUACAGACACUAUUCAUGCUAGGACUUCCUGGAGGACCAGAUGCUCAGAAGCUGCAGGAGAAGGUGAACCAGGAGAGCCAGGUGCAUCAUGAUCUACUCCAGAGCAACUUCCUGGACUCCUACCUCAACCUCACCAUUAAGACCAUGGUGAUUAUGGACUGGCUGGCCACCCACUGCACCAAUGCCACCUACGCCAUGAAGAUCGACUCAGACAUGUUCCUCAACGUAGAGAACCUGAUGACUAUGUUGUUGAGACCGGACAUCCCCAAGGUGAACUACCUGACGGGGAUGCUGAUGUGGAAUCGACCAGUCAUCCGGAACCCCAACUCCAAAUGGUAUGUUCCGGUAGAGAUGUUAGCCGACAACCGCUACCCGACCUACACACUUGGCAUGGGAUACGUCUUCUCCAACGACCUGCCGGUGAGGUUCGUGGAGGUAUCCAAGGACAUCAAGCUUUUUAAUAUAGAAGACGCCUAUGUUGGCGCCUGUAUGAAGAAACUGGGCCUCUCGCCCACAAACUCACCAGAUCCUUGGCAAUGGAAGGCCUAUCUCGGCAAGUACAAUCGCUGUGAAUUUUCCAAAGUCAUCACCUAUAUUGUGAUCCGCUCGUCCCAGAUAGUGGACUACUGGAUGGACCUGAAGAAGACACCUGGUUCACCCUGUCCCUAGACACUGAUUUAGGGUCAAUUUUGUAUUUUUUCAUCCUAAUGGUAGAGUCUAAGUCUUUAGGUAUCCAAUAUACCUGUAUAUUUUCAUGAAAAAACACUGCUGUAGGUCUGCCACCUUCCACCUCAGAUGCGGAAGGCUGACAUUGGCGGAUGUGGUGGAUUGAGACGCAGCCCAUCCAAUAAAACGGUUAUCUCUAGCUUAAACAGACAGAUUCUGAUGGGAUUUUUUUUAAUUGUGUUUAUUCAAUUUCCGUGCGGACAUUGACUCUAGUACUAGUACUAAGAUUCAGGGAGUGUAUCAGUGUCUGAGGGGCAUCUUAUGUAAGGCGGCAGAUAGCUGAGCAGUUAGAUUGUUGUGCCAGUAACUGAAAGGUUGCUAGUUCAAAUCCCCUAACAGGUGGCUCAUAAUAAUGGCUGGAAUUAAGUAAAUGGAAUUGUAUCAACCACAUGGAAACAAUGUGUUUGAUACCAUUCCAUUUAUUCUGUUCCAGCCAUAUGAGCCUGUCCUCCCCAAUUAAGGUGCAACCAGCCACCUGUGCUAGGAAUAUGAUGGCGUGUGUGUCUAUGUUCUUUAUUCUUAAUGACAUCAUCGCUGUGACAAUAUGAGCAAAGAUGAUAUCAUACAUUUAAAGCACUUAUAGAUUAUUUAUGUUAUGAAAAGCACAAUAAAAGUUUAAUAAAUCAUUUUUAUUAUUACUGUCAUAAAUCAUUGACAUGGUGAAUGUAUUGCAGUUGACAACAGGGAUCUUUAAAAAAAAAAGAGAGACAGUUUAACUUGUCUCGAAGAAGAAAGGCUCUGUCCGAAGUGUUGACAAUAAAGGCAUCUUUAUACUCUG